AAUAUAAAAUGCUGUCAAUGUUAAGUUGACAUCAAACGGCGAAAUGGAUCUUAAAGCAAUUGUGUUCUUUGCUUUCGUAGCGGUAACGGUCGCUGAGAGGCCUCGAGUUGGUCUCCGGAUACCGCGGAUCUUGCCGCCUUUUAUUCGUUCAUAUUCACCUCAAGUGGUCGGAGGUGAAGAAGCUCCGGAAGGAAGUUACCCGUACAUAGUUUCCCUUCAAGUAUAUAACGGUCAUUUCUGCGCCGGAUCCAUCUUGAACGAGCGAUGGGUUGUAACAGCAGGACAUUGUAUUCAAGCAGUUCCUUCUGCUGACCUUAUUACCGUUAAAGCUGGCAAGCAUAAUGUUAACGUUAGGGAGGCCACCGAACAAGCGGUCCAAGUGGUGCGAGGUAUCGUACAUGAAAAUUAUAGAGGUGGCGUUGGCCCAUACGAUAUUGGUUUGCUUGAACUUGCGUCUCCAUUGAAGUUUAAUGCUAGAGUAAAGCCCAUCAAAUUGGCAGAACAAGGAAGUGACCCAAGCUCAAAUGAAAAGGGACAGAUUGCUGGAUGGGGCUCCAUUUCGCCUACUCGGAACCCAGAGUAUCCUGAUAAACUUCAGCAUGUUAAAAUUGUUUACGUGGACCGUGCUACUUGCCACAAAGCCGUCAUGAACUUGGUUGGAUCUUCUCCCGUUCACGAAACCAAUGUCUGCUCUGGUCCAAUGACAGGUGGAAUCUCCGCAUGCAAUGGUGAUUCCGGUGGUCCUCUAAUCUCUGUGCCUUCAGGACAAGAACCGGUGCUCACUGGAAUAGCAUCUUGGGUUGUUAUUCCAUGCGGCACUAAGGGUGCGCCAUCCGUAUAUACCAGAGUAUCCGUGUUCAUCGAUUGGAUUAAUCAGAGAACCGGUAAUUAUUAAUACGACGAUAUUGAUAAUGUAUUAUUGUAAACUAAUGACAAGUUAUUAUAAUAUUUAAUAAAUAAAUAAAUAAAUAUGCAAUUUAAGUACACAAUCAUGUUUCCUUGUUUUAAACGUACGUGACAUCAAAAAUAAGUAAUUUGAUUGGAAGAAAGCAUUCAUAGAAAAUAGUAUUGCUAUAUUCAUAUUGUAUUACAUUUGAUGAUUACAAUGGGGUAUUAUUUCAUGCAAUAUUUCAGGUGUGGCAUUCGUAUACCAAAGUAUCGAAAUUUAAUGAUUGGUUUGACCAACAAUUAUUUAAUUAUGGUUAUUAUUAACAAUGCAAUAAU